CAUGUGACCGAGGAGGAUCCAGUUCCAAUGCAAUUUGCUAGAGAUCCCCACCCACAUGCCAGGCCAGCCCUUCCUCAAUCAGGGUGGGUGAUGCUGGUUGCCUCCCUGAGCUACCCCUCCUCUGCUGGGUGGGGCUCAGCACUGGUAUAUAAAGGCUAGGCAGGGAGGAGGCAUUAUGCUGCAUCUGGUCUGGAGUUGUGGAAGAGACAGUUUCACCGGAUUCCGCCAUGGCUUCUAAUGACCCCAGUGCUGCUUCCCCCAAGGAUGAGGAGCAGGAGAACAUAGCAAACCGGGUGGCCAACCUGCCCUUGGUCAGCUCCGCCUACGACAUGGUCUCCACAGCCUAUGCCUCCACCAAAGAGAACCACCCGUACAUCAAAUCUGUCUGCGACGUGGCAGAGAAAGGCAUGAAGACCAUCACUGCGGCCGCGGUCAGCGGCGCCCAGCCAAUCCUGACCAAACUCGAGCCGCAGAUUUCCACAGCAAAUGAGUAUGCAUGCAGGGGACUGGACAAGCUGGAGGAGAAGCUGCCAAUCCUUCAACAGCCAACAGACCAGAUCCUCUCCAAUACCAAAGACCUGGUGACUGCCACAGUGACUGGUGCCAAAGAUGCAGUGAGCAACACCAUGACCGGGAUGGUGGAUAUGACCAAAGGGGCUGUCCAGGGGAGUGUGGAGCUGACCAGAUCAGCAGUGACCAGUGGUGUGAACACAGUCAUGGGCUCAGCAGUGGGCCAGAUGGUGGUGAGCAGCAUGGGUGCUGUGCUGGGCAAGUCAGAAGAGCUGGUGGAUCACUACCUUCCUAUGACAGAUGAGGAACUAGCUAAGCUGGCCACCUCUGUGGAAGGCUUCGAGAUGGCGUCCGUGGAGCAGCAGAGGCAGCAGCAGAGUUACUUUGUGCGCCUGGGGUCCCUGUCCACCAAGCUCCGCCACCGAGCCUACCAGCACUCCCUGGGCAAGCUGAGGAAUGCCCGGCAGAGCACCCAAGAGGCUCUGUCUCAGCUCCACCAAACCAUAGAACUGAUUGAGCAUGCCAAGCAGGGUGUUGAUCAGAAGCUCCGUGAUGGCCAGGAGAAGCUGCACCAGAUGUGGUUGGAGUGGAGCCAAAAGCAGCCGAGUCAGAGUAAGGAGAUGGGCUCUAUGCAGCCAGAGCAAGUAGAGGAGCAGGCAUUGGCCAUGUCCCGCAGCCUCACCCAGCAACUGCAGACCUCCUGCCUGACUCUGGUGUCCAGCCUGCAAGGCCUCCCUGCUGACCUCCAGGACAAGGCGCAACUGGUUCGUCACCAAGUCCAAGAACUACAUGCUUCAUUCUCCACUGCCAGCUCCUUCCAUGACUUGACUGGAAGUGUCUUGGCCCAGAGCCGUGAACGAGUGACCAAGGCCCGCAAGCUGGUGGAUGAGCUGAUGGAUCAUGUGAUGCAUAAUGUCCCCCUUUCUUGGCUAGUGGGACCCUUUGCCCCAUCAGGCAAGCAGCAGGAGGAAAUAGAGAUGGAGUAGUGUCCUGCAGAUACCCAAACCCCCAAGAAGCUCUGGGCUUAGAGUGCCCCUUUGAGUCUUCAAUCUGGGAUGGUAACUCAUGCUUCCUGUCACACACCUAGCCUGGCUCUCUAGCUAGAUAGCAGCACUUGCUGUUCUGAAACAAGUGCCUCAAUCCUGGCAUCCCUCAUGCCUUGCUUAGGUCUGUUCUUAUUGCACUAAACACUUGGAGGAGAAACUAUUCUGCAUCUCACGGGGGUGGCUUAGUCUCCCAAACCUGCCUGUGGACUGAGUCGGGCUUGCCAGCAAAACUAACUCCCUCUGAUUAGUCAAGUGACCCCAGAAUGGGAUCUAAAGCCCAGCUUUCAAGCUGGGUUGCCUUGUUUGCCAUCUCUAGGCAACAGCCUGAGUCUUCAGAGCAUCUGAUUUCUCACCACCCCAACAGUGACUUGUGGGUGCCCAGCACCUCUGAAGCCUAGACCACUUCUAUUUAGCCACCAGAGCCAAACCCUGGCCUUGUCUUCUAGACUUUUAAAACAGACCCCUUCACUCAGGUGGGUAGCACUGGGCAGUCAGAGGUUAGCAUGUGUUGUGUUAAUCUAGUGGCCUGAAAAUCCUCCAGAAUCCUAGUAAAGAGCUAAAUCCUUGGCAUGGGAGCUGCCAUCUUAUGACCCAACUGGGUGUUUCAUAUGAAACAUGAUUAACUUUAGAUCCCAAGCAAAUGUGGCUUAGCCAGGUAAACGUCAUACAAGCUGCUCCUGCUGGGGGGAGGAAGUGGUCACUUAAGUGCCAAACAACCACUGACCCAAGUCAGGCUGACUAGUUUGGGGUCUCUCCACUCAAUCAAGGAAACUCUUGUUAUAAGAGACCAGUGCUCUUUUAGGACUACUCCUAAUGGCUCAUGUAGGAUUCCCUUCCUGCCGAAUACAAAGUGCCCUGGCCCCGACUCCUGUAUCGGUAAGAACCUGUGGCUCACAAUAAAGCUGUAUGUGCAUUGAAA